GACGUGCACGAGAGCUUAGGCGGGUCGCAGCAGGCAGCCGGUGAGGGCGAGGACACCGGGAGAACGGGCACAUCACCGGCCGUUGGUCCGCUGAGUCGUCGAAGAGCACCGGGAAGAUGUCUGUGACGAUGAGUCCGCACCGAGAAACCAGGAGCUAACGGCCGCUAGAGUCCUCGGAUGUUUAGUCUCAAAGUUUUGCCCCAGGCGGUUGUUUCUGAGACGAGGGGAUAAGACACCGAGAGGGACAGGUGUCCUCUCACGUCAAAAGCCCUUCUCCCCGCUAGACUGUAGCGCGACCAUUCUUUUAUCGGUUUUUCUUCUGUUUUCGGUCGAAGCUGGACUUUUCUGAGCCAUGCUGUGGACGUGGUGGCUCGUCCUGCUGCUCUGCUGGGGGGCCACGAGCGGCGAGCAGCAAGCGGACGAGAGGGCAAGAGCCCCGGCUCGGGUCCAGGCGGACUCCCGGCGACAGCGGUCGCCUCCGCCGGUGGAGCCCUUGGAUUUUGGGUUUGUACCGGCGGCGGUUUAUGACACCCACGCGUAUUAUGAGCCAGGGGCAAUAGGGAUCCUCUUCCACAUGGUCCAUGCUUUUCUCUACGUUGUUCAACCGAACUCCUUCCCAAAAGAUCUGAUUGUUCAAGUCAUUCAGCAAAACAUGGGGGGAAUCAAAAUAGAGGAAUGGAGAAAGCCAGAAAACGUCGUCCUGUUGCUACAGUGGAUCUACUAUGAGGCUGGAUUCCUCAUAUGUGCGACCAUCGGUAUUGUGUUCGUGGUCCUCACUCCCAUCAUAGGCACGUUUUUCUGUGUGUGUCGAUGCUGUGAGAACUGCGGAGGGGAGAUGCACCAGAGACAGAGGAAGAACGCCGACUGUCAGAGGGGCUUCUACACCGCCUCGCUCAUCGCUACGUCCAUCUUCAUCAUUUUGGGAGUACUUAUUGCCUACGCUGCGAACCAUAAUAUCAGCACCCAGAUCAAGAGCACUCGCCGGUUCAUCAAUACCAACAUGAGAGACCUGAGGACAUUUGCUAACAACACACCAGCGCAAAUUGAAUACCUGACAGCCCAGUACACCACAGCAAAGAACAAAGUCCUGUCAGACCUCGACAACAUUGGACCGCUGCUGGGUGGGAGGAUCCACAGUCAGCUGGAGAAAGAGGUGGUUCCAUCACUGGACACUGCCCUGCGUAUGGCAGGAGCCAUGCGGGAGACCAAAGAGGCCCUGGAGAACGUCAGCUCCUCCUUGGAGGUGCUUCAAGAGGGGACAGGCAAACUUCAGGCCAGUCUGUCGGGGGAACGGGCCUCUCUGUCCAACACCCUGUCCGACCCCGCCUGCACCAACGGAGCCGUGUCUCACACCUGCAACACCAUCCGGUCCACGCUGUCCCAGCUGGGUGUCAACGCAGACUUCUCAAGGCUCCCAGAUGUCAAUCAUGCCUUGGCUAAUGUCAAUACAGUCCUAAGAACAGAUCUCAGCAACAUUGUACAAAAGGGUUAUUCAUCCUUUAAUGACACGCCAAGACUGGUUAAAGAGCAAACUAAAAACAUUGUCUCAGGAGUAAAAGGCAUGCUGGAUAAGAUUAGCACAGAGAUCAACAGCUACUCCAAGAUGUUUCCCGUGGAAGCCUCUCUGGCCAAUUUCACCAUUUUCCUAAGUCAGGAACAGAAGAAAAUUGAAUCCUUUUACCCACACAUUGACCAAAUGGAUUUCUACAGGUGGGUCAGCUGUGUGGCGGUGCUUUGCAUGGUUGUCUUGGUCAUGGCCUUCAACCUCCUCGGACUGCUGUGCGGUACAUGUGGUUACGACAAGCAAGCUACACCUACAACCCGAGGAUGUCUAUCAAACACCGGCGGCAACCUGCUAAUGGCUGGGGUGGGCUUCUCUUUUCUCUUUGCCUGGGUGCUGAUGGGCAUCGUGACCACCUUGUUUGUUGUUGGUGGCAACGUGGAGAAGCUGAUGUGUGAACCUCUGGCUAACCGACAGCUAUUCAAGAUUAUAGACACACCAUUCCUGGUUCAUCCCUCUAAGAAGAACUUCCUUCCUGGGAUGCUGUUUCAGAAUCCUAACAUUGACCUGACCUUGGGAAGCAUGUACAGGGAGUGCUAUGAGAACAACGGUCUGUAUCACGCUCUACAGCUGGAGACCAUGUUCAACAUCAACUCCUUCCUCAACAGAACUGUGUACAACAGGGAUGUGGCCAAAGUGUUUGAGAGUGUGCAGGUCGACCUGCAGGACAUCACACUGCUGGAGCAGGUCGGCAGAGACAACCUCAUGAACUUUGCCAACUCUGGAAUUGGACAGAUUGACUAUGAGGCAUACCUGGUGCAGGUAAAUAAGGGAGUCACUCUCGUGGAUCUCCUGUCCUUCUCUACUGACCUGGAGGGCCAGGCUGACCAACUGCCACGCGGUGCGCUGGAGAACGCACUGAAAGGACAUGCCAGCAGUAUCAGACAGAUUCACAGAGAACAGGUGGUGCCCAUGGAGCAAGCGAUGAGUACCCUGAGCCAGAGUAUCAAACAGCUGCAGAGGACGUCCAACGACCUGCCGGUCAAGGUCACUAAUAUCCUGAGUGCCAUUGAUGCAGCAGAAUACCUCAUCACUCAUAAUGCCUCUCAUGUGGUGAAGCAGGAAACAAAGGGCUACAUACAGAACCUGGUGGGAUACUUCAAACAAUACACAGAAUGGGUUAAAAACUCUUUGACUGCAGAGGUGGCCCAGUGUAAACCCAUCAGUAACAUUGUGGACAGCAUGGAGAUCGUAGCAUGUAGCUUCAUAGUCGAUUCAGUGAACACUUUCUGGUUUGGUCUGGGAGGCUGCUGUAUCCUCCUGAUCCCCAGCAUCAUCUUCUCCGUCAAACUGGCCAAGUAUUACAGAAGGAUGGACACGGAGGACGUCUUUGAAGACUCCUCCUACCCGUGGCUUGUUGCACUUUGAUGUUUGUCUGCUAUUCGUGCGUCCUUUCGUCCUCUUCCAUAUGCCCACUCUUUUUGUUUCGGUAUGGGAUACCUCAGUCUUGGAUCUAUUCCUUCUUCUCACUCUUUUCAUCAGAAAUCACGAGCAUGAUCUCGAUUGUCUUUGCACGGAUUCUUGUUUCCUCGUCACGCCUCACGUCGCUUGCUCGCUAUCGACUCUAUUUCCGCCGUGAGUGACGCUUUCCGAGGAUCCCGCCAUCCUUGUUGCUUUCACCAGGGUCUUCCCAAUUUCUUUCUCACCUGUCCUCCCUCGCUCUUUUGUUGCAGUUUGGGUAAUACAGGUAAUCAUGAGGAACAAGUGUGCAAUAUCCAUGGAAACCUCCCUGUUGUCAGCUCCCCCUAUUACGACACUCUGACUUGGUUCCCUCGGGCCUCUGCUCCCCCGAG